GCAUUGUAUAACUGGGACAGUUUUUAUGUCACCGCAAUGUUUUUCUAUGCGUUCAAAACUAGCAGUAUGAUCUUGGGCAGGACGCCGACGAGUAUUGGAAGUGAAGGGCAGAAUGGUGCUCGAUAUAAAGUCUGCGGAGUUAUCAUCAGACAAAGUAAAGAGUGA